AGCUACGUACCGUCACGUCACGUAGCGAUUCUGCACCUCUUACGCAAUCUGCGCAUUGUCCGCUCCUGUCAUCGCGGCGCACCACCACCCUGGUCAGUGCGGGGAACUACUUUCUGUAACCGCCGCUCUCUCCUGGAGCCUUUUCAACCACACAAUGGGGAACAGAGAUGAUGAGUAUGAUUUCUUGUUCAAAGUUGUCCUGAUUGGAGACUCAGGUGUGGGGAAGAGUAACCUGCUGUCCCGUUUCACCCGAAACGAGUUCAACCUGGAGAGCAAGAGCACCAUAGGGGUGGAGUUCGCCACCCGCAGCAUCCAGGUGGACGGAAAGACAAUAAAGGCUCAGAUCUGGGACACGGCGGGACAGGAGCGCUACAGAGCCAUCACCUCAGCGUAUUACCGGGGGGCCGUGGGAGCGCUCCUAGUUUACGACAUCGCCAAGCACCUGACGUACGAGAACGUGGAGCGCUGGCUGAAGGAGCUGAGGGACCACGCCGACAACAACAUCGUCAUCAUGCUGGUGGGGAACAAGAGCGACCUCCGCCACCUCAGGGCCGUUCCUACCGACGAGGCGCGAGCGUUCGCAGAAAAGAACACUCUGUCAUUCAUUGAGACGUCGGCGCUGGACUCCACAAACGUAGAAGAGGCGUUCAAGAACAUUUUAACAGAAAUUUACCGCGUCGUUUCACAGAAGCAGAUAGCUGACAGAUCUGGACACGACGAGUCUCCGGGUAACAACGUAGUAGACAUCAGCGUCCCGCCGACGACUGACGGCCAGAAGGGCAACAAACUGCAGUGCUGCCAAAGCCUGUGACGCUCUGAAGACCCCGCCCCAUCCCACCCCCCAUCAUCACACCACCAGUGCACUUUUCUUUCCCCUUCAAAGCCAGCUCUCCCUUUACUUUAUCUUGCUCCUGUUUUGUUUUUGUUUUUUUCCAUUUUCCUCAAAGGUUUUGCCUUUUAUUUCGUAGUAAUACUUUGAAAGUCACUCGUGCUCUUCUCCUUCGCCAUGAGGGAAACAUUUCAGAAGCCUUUUACGUCCAUCGAGUUGAUCGUGGAGUCAGAGUGAAGGAUGGAGGCCAUCGCUGCUGCUGUAAUAAAGCUGUUUGAACCCUACUGUAAAGCUGUCAGUACAGCAAGGUUAGGAAAUGCAUUUCAGUGCUCGCCACUAGAUGGUGCUGUGUAAAUGAACUAAAUAGUUAUUCAGCCUGAUGAAGCAGUAUUCAAUGUUUGACAGUGUGCUUCUUACUCCCAUCUGUCAUCAUGCCAAAAAUAUUCUCACUAAAUAUUUAUUGAAAACAAAACAAGUCGGCUUAAUUUGUCAUUGUCUUACUUUCAGUUGAAAAACUGUAAAUUUACAAUAAA